AUGGUCAAUCUCAGAUCUCAGAAACGUAUUGCUUCUGCAGUCUUAGGAUGCGGUAAACGUAAGGUCUGGCUCGACCCAGCUGAGCAAAAAGAAAUUGCUCAAGCUAACAGCCGUGCCAACAUCCGUAAGCUCGCUAAGGACGGCCAUGUCAUCCGCAAGCCAGCUUUGAUGCACUCACGUUCACGCGUCCGUGAAACUCACGCUGCUAAGCGUGCCGGUCGCCACACUGGCCUCGGUAAGCGUAAGGGUACCGCUGAAGCUAGGAUGCCUUCCAAGGUCGUUUGGAUGCGCCGCCAGAGAGUUCUCCGUCGCUUGCUCAGAAGAUACAGGGAAUCUGGCAAGAUUGAUAAGCACCUCUACCACUCCCUCUACCUCAAGUCAAAGGGUAACACUUUCAAGAACAAGCGUGUCCUUAUGGAGCACAUCCACAAGGCUAAGGCUGAGGUCUUGCGUACUCAACGUCUCACUGACUCCGCUGAGGCUCGUCGUGCUGCUAACAAGGCUCUCCGUCUCCGUCGUGCUGCUAGAGUCGCUGAGAAGCGCUCAGGUAUCACUCAAGUCGAGCACACUGACAACGUCGCCGCUACUCAAGCUUAA